AUGCCGGUGCCGGGGCCUGUGGGUCCAGAUCGUGUGUUCUGCCUGCUCCUCCUGCUUCUGGUCGCCCACGGCCCUGAGGGGGGUCGCCCCCCGCAGCGCAGGUUUGAGUACAAGCUCAGCUUCAAAGGACCAAAGCUGGUUUUGCCUGGGGCUGGCAUUCCCUUCUGGAGCCAUCACGGAGACGCCAUCCCGGGCCUGGAGGAAGUGCGGCUAGCCCCGUCCAUGCGGAACCGGAGUGGCGCCCUGUGGAGCAAGGCUGUGGUCCCCUUCUCUGCCUGGGAGGUGGAGAUGCACAUCAGGGUGACUGGGCCCGGGCGCCGGGGAGCCCAGGGUUUGGCCCUGUGGUACACCCGGGACAGGGGGCACGUGGGCUCUAUCCUGGAGGGGCCAGCUUCAUGGGACGGCAUCAAGGUCCUCUUUGACUCCUCAGUGGGGGACACACAGAACAGCCCUGCUGUCCGUGUGCUGGCCAGCAAGGGACACAGCCCCGAUGAGCCCACUGGGGAUGGAGCCAGCCCGGUGCUGGGCUCCUGCUACCAGGACUUCAGGAACCGGCCACACCCCUUCAGAGCCCGGAUCACCUACUGGGGGCAGAGGCUGCGUGUGUCCGUGAGCCGGGGGCUCACUCCCAAUGACCCAGAGGAGGUGUGUGUCAAUGUGGGACCCCUGCUUUUGGCCCCUGGAGGUUUCUUUGGCAUCUCGGCCUCCACUAGCACCCUGGCAGAUGACCAUGACGUCUUGGCCUUCCUGACCUUCAGUCUGAGGGAGCCAGGUCCAGAGGUGAUGCCACCCUUCCUAGGGGAGGAACAGCGCUGCCUGGCCAGGCAACUGGAAGAGCUCCGGGGAAGGCUGGCGCUGGGUGCUAAGGGGGACAUCAUUUCAAAGUCAGAUCCUGAAGCCCAGGACGAAGGUGAAAAGCACUUUGACCCGGAGGAGAUGCUGGGCAGACACAGUCGGAUCCUACACGCUCUCCAGGGCCUCUCUGAGCAGCUGGCCCAGGCUGAGAGGCAAUGGAGGGAGCAAGCGGGGUCCCUAGAUGGGGCCACGCCCGGGGGAGAAUGGGAGAAGCAGGCGCUGCCCUCUCUCUGCACGCAGCUAGUCUCCCACAGUCUGGGGGGCCAGGGGGAUUGUGGGGAGAGGCCGCUGGUGGCAGGACAGGUGGACCUGACAGGAUCAGGAUCCAGGAUCGGGGAGCAGAGGCUGGCUCUCCUGCAGGACAGUGCCCAGGUCCGUGCCCUGCUCCGUGGGCAGCAGACUCUACUCAGGGACCUGCAGGAGAUGAGGGUUGCAGCCGCCCGCAUGGCCUCAGGCACCCGGGCGUUCUACCUGCCAGUGGGCACCAAGCAUCACUUCUCAGAGCUGAGCCAGAUCCUGAGCCUCUUGCAGAAGGACCUUUGGGACCUGGCGAAAGCACCAACCAAGGCUUCCCGCCCACCUCGCCGGCCCCUGGGGGCCUCCUCAUGCCUGCGGUCCAGCUUCUUUCUGUUCUUCCUCCUGGUCCAGACUGUAGGCUUCUUCGCCUAUGUGCACUUCAGGCAGGAGCUGGACAAGAUCCUUCAGGCCUGUUUGUCCACAGGCAGCCUUCCUCUGGGCCCUGCACCCCACAUCCCCAGGGCUCUGGGGGUCCUGCGGAGGCAGUCCCGCUCUCGAAGCACCCACGCAUGA